AUGCAGCCCACCACCACCACCGUCGGUGUCCUCGCCCUCCAGGGCGGCUUUGCCGAGCACGUCGCCCUCGUCCGCAAGGCCGCCGCCCAGCUCCCCGAUACCUAUCCGACCGCCGUCGUCGCCAUCGAGGUGCGCACCCCCGACGAGCUGGCCCGCUGCGACGCCCUCAUCAUUCCCGGCGGCGAGAGCACCACCAUUUCCUUUGUCGCUGCGCAGUCUGGCCUCCUUGAGCCACUGCGCGAGUUUGUAAAAGUCCUCAAGAAACCUACCUGGGGCACAUGCGCCGGCCUCAUCCUCCUCUCCGAACAAGCCAACGCCACCAAAAAGGGCGGACAGGCCCUCAUCGGCGGCCUCGACGUCCGCGUCCACCGCAACCACUUCGGCCGCCAGAUUGAGAGCUUCAUCGCGCCCCUCGACCUGCCCUUUCUGCCCGACGCCACCUCUCGUCCCUUUGACGGCGUCUUUAUCCGCGCCCCCGUCGUCGAGGCGCUGCUCUCGCCGGCCGUCGCCGUCGUCGCCACCCUCCCCGACCGCGUCAACAAGGCCAAGCCCAAAUCGGCCGUCUCUGAAGCGAAUCCCGAGGACAAUGCCGGCGACAUCAUCGCGGUCCGACAGGGUAACGUGCUCGGGACGAGCUUCCACCCCGAGCUUACGACGGAUGCCAGGAUGCAUGCCUGGUUCCUCCAGGAGUUUGUGCACAAGAAGUAG